AUGGCCGAGUUUGAUAGAGAUCUCGAUGACGAGCUGGAGUUCAAGACGUCCAAGGACGUGGACGUGACGCCCACCUUCGAGUCGAUGGAUCUCAAGGACGACCUUCUGCGGGGAAUCUACGCGUACGGCUUCGAGGCUCCCUCUGCCAUCCAGUCUCGAGCCAUCACACAGAUCAUCAAGGGUCGAGAUACCAUUGCACAGGCACAGUCCGGAACGGGAAAGACAGCCACUUUCUCUAUUUCGAUGUUGGAGGUGAUUGACACCAAGCAUCGGGAAACACAGGCCAUGGUUCUUUCUCCGACACGAGAACUGGCCACCCAGAUCCAGAGCGUCAUUCUGGCUCUGGGCGACUACAUGAAUGUCCAGUGCCAUGCUUGCAUUGGUGGAACGUCGUUGUCGGUGGACAUGAAGAAGCUGGAGGCUGGUCAGCAGGUGGUUUCUGGAACCCCCGGACGGUGUCUGGAUAUGAUCAAGAAGGGCUGUCUUCGAACCAAGAACCUCAAGAUGUUGAUUCUCGAUGAGGCCGACGAGCUACUAAACAAGGGCUUUCAGGAGCAGAUCUACGACAUUUACAGAUACCUGCCUGCAGCCACUCAGGUAGUGGUUGUCAGUGCUACUUUGCCUCACUCUGUUCUCGAGAUGACCUCCAAGUUCAUGACUGAUCCGGUCCGAAUUCUGGUUAAGCGAGACGAGCUGACGCUGGAGGGACUCAAGCAGUACUUUAUUGCUGUUGAGCAAGAAGAGUGGAAGUUUGACACGCUGUGCGACCUGUACGACACACUGACUAUUACUCAGGCCGUCAUCUUCUGCAACACGAAAAAGAAGGUGGACUGGCUGACACAGCAGAUGAAAGACAACAACUUCACCGUGUGUUCGAUGCACGGAGAUAUGGCUCAGAAGGACCGAGACUCGAUCAUGAACGAGUUCCGAAGCGGCAGGAGCCGGGUACUCAUCUCCACUGACGUUUGGGCCCGAGGUAUCGAUGUUCAGCAGGUGUCGCUGGUCAUCAAUUAUGACCUGCCUCCCAACCGAGAGAAUUACAUCCAUCGAAUCGGUCGAUCCGGUCGAUUUGGCCGAAAGGGUGUGGCGAUCAACUUUGCUACUAACGAUGAUAUCACCACUCUGAGAGAUAUCGAGCAGUAUUAUAGUACUCAGAUCGAUGAGAUGCCGGUGAACGUGACGGAUAUGAUGUAA